ACGAAUCGAUCGACCCCCUCCCAUCUAGAACUAGAAGCAGCAGAGCAGCCGCCGGCCGGCAUGGAAGGGCUCAACGUCCACGAAGUCUUCCAGCACUACCGCUUGAACCCUACGGAGGUGGAGGCCGUCACUUACUACCUGCCACGCCUCAUCGCCGGCGAGACGCACGGCGCCGAGAAGCUCAUCCACGACGCCGACGUCUACGACUGCGAGCCCAAGGAUCUCGCCGCCCGCUACACGCCGGUGCCGCAGGCGGAGAGCAGCGGCGACCGCUUCUUCUUCACCACGUGCAAGCGCAAGAAGGGAAGGACCACCCGUUGCGCGCGCAAAGCCGGCGGCGGGACCUGGACCGUCAACACGACCACGGUCGUCACGCACGCGGGAGUCGACGUCGGCGAGAGGAAGAACCUGUCCUUCAAGAAGAAGGGCAAGUCCACCGGCUGGGUCAUGGAGGAGUACCGGCUCCUGCCGCCGCCAGAGGCCGUCGUCGCCGACGAGGAGAAGGUCUUCUGCAAGAUUCACUUGUCCCAGCACGCUCCUGAGGAGGCCCGCCGUGAAUCGGCCGCGUACAAGCGUCAAGGAAGAGCGGAGCCCAUGCCACAACCGGCGCCGCAACCAGAGCACGUUGGAAAGAGGCCAGCGCCGGGCCCGGGUGCCGCCGCCGACCCUCAUCCGCCGCAACCCAUGAAGAAGAUGCGAGUUGCCGUACCCGUCUCGGCACCUGCCGCAUCGUCGUUCGCCGCUGCAGCACCGGUCUCCUUGCCGGCUGAGCCCAUACCUGAAGCUGAGGACGACAUGGCCUGGCACAGUGGCUCUCUUGCACAAUGGAAGAACUUCUCGGGGAGGCACAAGUGGAGGAAACUCUCCCGGUCCAAGCAAGAAACAGCAUCGAACAGAAUUGUGAACCACAGGAGCCGCAAAAGCUUUUCGCUGAUGCUGAAGAAGAAAUCAUGGGGACUUCCAGUCUUCACGCUCCAUUUGAAGCAGAGUGUCAGACCGAAGAGGCGCUCGACAUGGAGACGCUUUUUGCUAUAAUGGAUGAAGCAGCAGCAGAGUAGGAGCGGCAGGCCGUCUCGACGAACAAUAGCUCUUCCAUGGUCCAAGACAAGCCGCCGCCGAUCUUCUCCCAUCCACCUGAAGCACAGUGGCAGGCUGACGAGGCACUCGAGAAGUACAAUGCCGCAGCCGAUCUUCAGGCUCCAUCGCUUCAGGGACACGACCACUUGUUCAGCUCGCGGCCGAGCUUCUCCGAUCCAUUUGAAGCAGCGUGGCGGGCCGAAGAGGCGCUGGAGAAGGAGAACGCCGCGGCCAAUCUUCAGGCUGGACCGCUUGGGGGACACAACGACUUCUUCUCGUCUUCAACUGUAUGCUGAAUCUGAUGUUGAAAUUCUUAGUGUAUUCAAGUGUAUAUGAGGAUUCUCAGUCGCCGGUACAUUAAUCCG